CAACCACAACAAGCUGUCAUUGUGAAAAAUGUUCUAUUUUCGUUGAAAACGGAUGUGAUUUUCUCCGCAUUUUAGCCUAUUUCUGUCUCUUAAGUCUCUAGCGUAACCUGUGGAACAUCUGAAAUCUAGCCCGAAGAACAGUUGUGAAGCAUAAAAUCAUGGGUGGCGUUGUUUUAGAGACGCUCAGCGGCAAGAAAUUGAUCGCCUUGACAGUCGUCUUGUUGAUUCUUCAACUUGUCUGUUUUCUCAUUGGAGGUCUUGUUGCGCCAUCUCCAAAUAAUGCCCAGGUUGUCCUCGGCACCAUGUGUCUUGACAAAGGUAACCAUGCGCACAAACAAAAAUGGUUUUACCCUCGUGUAUCAGACCCCAAGAAAUAUACCACUUGUGACAGGGUAAAAAGUUUGAGUGAUCCGAAGAUCGAAGAGAUGAAGAUCGAAGCGAAAGAUGUGGUGUUCGCAUUCCAGAUUCCACUUCCAAAGGAAGGCAAGAAGUUGGAUAUGUCUCGCUGGUUCCAGAAUUUGAUCAGUGUUCUCCAGGUCGACGUGGAAUACGAUGAGAAGAAUAAAUUAAGUGAUAACCCAGUGAUGGUGCUGGAUGCCAAGCUGGCUUAUCAGAAUAUCGGUGAUAAAGAAGAUGAUUGGAAGCUGAUAGCCGAAUCUUCUGAAACACGGAGGAUGGAGUGUGAUAUUGAUCCCGAUAAGAUGAAAAAUGGCCACCAGUACAACUGUUCCAUGUUGCCGUUCUUCGAACUUGGAAGCUGCCAUCAUGACUACUACCUCAUCAACAUCAGGAUACCAGUCAACGAGAAGAAGGGAAUCAAUAUGGGAUUGGGAAAGAUUGUUGAUAUGUGGCUUAUAACGAUCCAUCAGAAUGGAGGAUUCACCAAAGUCUGGUUCUCCCUCAAGACGUUCAUGUUUCCUUGCCUCCUUGGUAUCCUUGCCUGGUUCUGGAGGCGUAUAACACAGAUGGUGCGACCUCCAAACUUGCUGGAAAGAACGCUUUUCGCCCUCGGACUGGCCCUCUCGUUUCUCAAUUUGCCGCUGGAGUGGCUGACGCUGGCUGUUAACAUGCCCUUCAUGAUGCUCCUUGGUGACAUCAGGCAGGGCAUCUUCUACUCGACACUUCUCUGUUUCUGGAUUAUAUUUGCUGGAGAACACAUGAUGGAUCAGGUGGAGAGAAACCGUGUUGUCUUGUACUGGAAGCAUUUGUCGGCCGUGGCUUUUGGCUGCAUCUGUCUCUUUGUCUUUGAGAUGUGCGAGAGGGGUGUCCAGUUGACGAAUCCAUUCUUCAGUAUCUGGGUGACAGAAGUUGGGACAAACUUGGCUCUCGCUUUCAUCAUCUUGGCAGGAAUCGCUGCCUGUCUCUACUUCCUCUUCCUCUCCUACAUGAUCUUCAGAGUGUUCAGGAACAUCAGCGCAAAGAAGUCGGCCCUGCCCGCCAUGAGCAAGGCCAGGAAGAAAUACUACAUGGGUUUGAUCUAUCGCUUCAAGAUUCUGAUGUUGGCAACAUUGCUGUGCGCAGCACUGACGGUCAUCUUCUUCAUCAUCAGCCAAGUGAGCGAGAGCGUCUGGAAGUGGGGAGACGAGAACAGCCUGGAGUACACCAGCGCCUUCCUGACUGGCGUCUAUGGAAUGUGGAACCUCUAUGUCUUUGCCCUGCUGUGCUUAUAUGCUCCAUCGCAUAAAAUGAUGUCGUCUGACAUAACUGGGGACAACAGUGAGACGAAUGAAGAAGAGGUCGAAUUCACCAGGAUUCCAACCGAGCAGUCUGCGAUCACUUCAAUGGCUCAGAAAGCUGCUGUGGAAUAAACCCAAGUGGUGUUUUAUCAAGAGCAACUGAAUCUCAGCCCGGAUACCCACCGCUGCCAUGCCUAUGGUGUUCAGCUUGGAGUUCCAAGAAACCAAGAAUUCAUAGAGCCUUGGUCUUUAUUAUUUCUUGACAAUACCAAGAGGCUAUCUGGCAUUCUUCUUGUUCAUCGAGACAUUUACAUUAUCUUCCAAAUCAAAAUGAUAGCUAGGUCGAUCAAUAUAUUACUAGUUAGGCCUAUUGUAACAUUUAUACCAAUUUAUCCCACUGCACAGUUGAGGCUGAAGUGCUUAUUAUUGUUUGGCUAAUGUUUUGUUCAUAAGGUGAAUUGUUUUAAGUUCGCUAAAACCUUGAAAGCAUAAUCACACCAUUGUUCUGUUGUAUUUAGAUUCUGUUCUUGACUAACCAGGGUUUAUGCGAGAAACAGUCAUGCAUAUCAAUGCACUCUCAAAGACUCCUACACAGCCUAGAAACUAAUUUAAUUAUAAAAGGGCAUUGUUAAUAUGUGACUGCCAAAACAGGCCACCUUUACUGAAGUUCUUCUCCUAGAAUCUUUGAUUGAUGACACGAAUGCGGGAUACCAGAAUCAUCGCAAUCGGCCCCUAAUUUGGGUGUUCUGGCAUAGUCUGCAACAGUAAGGAAGCUAUCACUUAGGUAUAUGGUCCAUACAAGGGCUUUUUUUAUCAGUGGUUUUUAGUUUGAGGCUGGCCAGGACUUGGAGAGGUGGGAGAUGUUCGGAGAGGUUGCUGCUGAUUCCAUGGGGUGAAAAGGUAUGAUUAUUUUAAAAGACUUGUUGAGUCGAUAAAGAAGAAAUCCCAUAAUAUUGCGGGCAUACCUGGUUGUCUCAUUAGCCUUAUUGAGUAUAUCAUGUGAACACCCUGUUCCUCCAUUCUUGUGAGCCCAUGGUGUUUACUGUUUCUUGAUGAUAUUACGUUAGAUGUUAUAUAUUGUUCAGUUACUAAACUAUUUUACGAUGCGCUUGUUGAAAGCAAGGUUUUUAUGACUUGUUUGAAGUAAGGAUCACAAUCUAAUCGGCAUAUAAUAUCAAAGAAUGGCAGUAGGAUGUCGGUCGAUGUAUUCAUAAGUUUUAAGUUGUAAGUAUUUCUGUCUAGUCUUAGUACCUGUGUCUGUUAUUAUUACUACCAAUAUUAUUUAACAUUAUUAUCAUUAGUACUGUUUCGUUUUUCAUUGCUUUCCUGGAAAAGUUCCACCAUGUUUAAUUUUAUAAUUCCUUUUAUCAAGAAAAUUUUAAGACUAAGAAUGUGGCCAAGUGAGACUUGUCCAACACGCUUUAUAUAAAAUGCUUUGUGGUGAAAUAUUUUUUGGUAAAUAGACAUGAAAUAUCAGCAGACUCUACAUUCUAUGUGUCUCACACAGUGCAAAAGAACAAAAAACCUUGAUAGCUCAACAAUAGAGAAGUGGCCUAGCAAUCCAAAGAUCUGUGGUUCAAUUCUCAGUCAAGGUAACUUAAAAUUAUUCUGCAAUUCUUUCAAUCUUUCUAAAAAGACUUGAGUUAAGGAAAAUUGCAAAUACCCCUUUAAAAUGUUGUCAUUCAGAAGAACAAAAAAACCUUGAUAGCCCAACAGUAGAGCAGUGGCCUCGCCUUCCAAAGAUCUGUGGUUCGAUUCCCAGUCAAGGUAACCUAAUUAUUCUGCAAUUCUUUCAUUCUUUCUAAAAAUUCCUUCUGAUUUUAGGAAAGUUUGGCCUUCCCCUUUAAAAACACUAGUCUUUUGUCAUUCUGAAGUCCUACAUUGUUAGACUUUAUUUAUUCUCGCUACUCGCUAUUACCCUUCUGAGAAUUACAAUGUUUUACAGAAGACUUUUUUAAAUAAGGCUUUUUAACAUCGGCGCGACGUUGAGUGCAUUUCACAGGCACUUUUAAACAGGGUUGUUUUCUUUGAAUAACUUAAUCAUGGCCCUUUGGUGCUUUUCAUAGGUAUUUUGUGAGUCAAAUAAAAUGAAUUUUUUACCAAGGACAAAUGGGUGGUUUUAUUUUUACAGACCAGAUAACAAUCAUUUGUUUUAGGAAGUACUUGGCAUUUCGUUUCUUAAUUGCAAAUGUUAGAAAAAUAUUUUGACAACCAGUUAAACUGAUUUUGACCCUAUGUAAUUUUGUUGUACCAUUGGCUACCGUGCCAAAAAAGGAACUCUUAAAGGGACAAUUUGGGCGUGGAGUUAGGGUGGCCAGGAGCAUAAUACCCCUACACACCUCUCUACUGACACUAGUAAUGGUCAAAAUUGGUUGUUUCCAUUUAAGUUGACCUCUCUAAUCAGGACACCUCUCUAUUAAGGACAGCACUUGUCAGUCCCGAGGGUGUCCUUAUUAGAGAGGUUCUACUGUACAAUAAAAUUGAACACACACGUUUUAAUACUUUUAGAUUGCCAAGAUGUAACAUUUCUAGAAUUGUAAAAUCAUUAUUGGCCUAUAUUACUUAACAAUUUAGACUUUAGUUUAUAUAAUGUAGAUGUAGAAGUAGUUUAUAUACAUGUAUAUUUGUUAUUUGUAGACAUUUACAACCCAUCUUUACAUGAAUCUUGAGAUUGAGAAAAUAGCCAUAUCCAGUGAACCCUUCUGUUAAGUUAACCUCGUCUGAGACAGUUUUCUGCACAAAUUGGAGUUCAGUUGUGCUGGACUGUGUUAAAUCUUAAAAAGGACCUUUCUGUCAGAACAAAGCCAACAUUAUCCUAAAAAGGCUGCCGGCUGUUGGUCCCCCACAAAGGUUGCAUUUAUUCCUGGACUGUUUUAUGACUAAAGUUGCAUGGUUUUGACACCCAGUAACCUAAGUUAAACAAGUUGAAGAACUAGUACACCAACUGCCUGUCGGAUUUGUUUUGUGAAUUGCUUUAUGGAAACACUGGUUGUAGAACAAUGCAUCUCAUUACUUUGAUCCAGGGACGUUAUUCAGCUUGCCAGCAAGGUAACUGUUCUUGAAAGUAAAUGCAGAAAAUUGUAUCAUUUGAAGUGAUUGGUUAUAUUGUAGGCUGCUAUGUGGUGCAUAAACUUUAUAGUAUUGUGUGUGAACAAAUAAAUACGUUUUGUGAAA